CGAGUCUGCAGAGCCGCUCUGGGCGGCGCACUGCGCAGGCGCGAGCGUUUGGGUCUCGCCGCGCGCGGCGCUCGGUUGUAGCGGGAGUGAGUUCCUGGGCGCGGAGACCCGGCAGCGGGUGACGGAGCGAGGGGGUGACCGACCGCCUCCCCUACCGCCAUGGCAGCCCUGCGCUACGCGGGCCUGGACGACACGGACAGCGAGGACGAGCUGCCCCCGGGCUGGGAGCAGAGAACCACCAAGGACGGCUGGGUUUACUAUGCCAAUCACACUGAAGAGAAGACCCAGUGGGAACACCCGAAAACCGGAAAAAGAAAACGAAUAGCGGGAGACUUGCCGUAUGGAUGGGAGCAAGAGACCGAUGAGAAUGGACAAGUUUUUUUUGUCGACCAUAUAAAUAAAAGAACCACCUAUUUGGACCCAAGACUGGCGUUCACUGUGGACGAUAAUCCUACAAAGCCGACCAGCAGACAGAGAUACGACAGCAGCACCACCGCCAUGGAGAUACUCCAGGGCCGGGAUUUCACUGGCCAAGUGGUUGUGGUCACCGGAGCCAAUUCAGGCAUAGGGUUUGAAACUGCCAAGUCUUUUGCCCUCCAUGGUGCACACGUGAUCCUCGCCUGUAGGAAUAUGACAAGGGCCAAUGAAGCUGUGUCACGCAUUUUAGGAGAAUGGCACAAAGCCAAGGUAGAAGCAAUGACCCUGGACCUCGCUCUGCUCCGUAGCGUGCAGCAUUUUGCUCAAGCGUUCAAGGCCAAGAAUGUAUCCCUUCGUGUGCUUGUGUGCAAUGCGGGGGCUUUUGCUCUCCCCUGGAGCCUCACCAAAGACGGCCUGGAGACCACCUUCCAGGUGAAUCACCUGGGACACUUCUACCUUGUCCAACUCCUUCAGGAUGUCUUGUGCCGCUCAGCUCCUGCCCGAGUAGUUGUGGUCUCCUCAGAAUCCCAUAGAUUCACAGAUAUUAACGAUUCCUCGGGCAAACUGGACUUCAGCCGCCUUUCUCCAUCUAAAAAUGACUACUGGGCCAUGCUGGCUUACAACCGGUCUAAGCUGUGCAACAUUCUCUUCUCCAACGAGCUCCACCGCCGCCUGUCCCCGCGUGGGGUGACGUCGAAUGCCGUGCACCCUGGAAACAUGUUGUAUUCGUCCAUUCAUCGUAACUGGUGGGUGUACACGCUGCUGUUUACGUUGGCCAGGCCUUUCACCAAGUCCAUGCAACAAGGAGCUGCCACCACCGUCUACUGUGCUGCCGCCCCAGAGCUCGAGGGCCUGGGAGGGAUGUACUUCAACAACUGCUGCCGAUGCGUGCCGUCCCCCGAAGCUCAGAGCGAAGACACGGCCCGCGCCCUGUGGGUGCUCAGCGAGCGGUUAAUCCAGGAAGCUCUCGGCAGCCAGUCCGGCUGAGCGCGGGCGGCUGUGAGUGUGCUCGGCACACACACCCGCCCUGUGCGCGCGCUCACUUCGUGUGUGUGCGCGCGUAGCUGCCGACGCUGGGCCCCUGCCCACUUACGAUCCCGGGCCUUUCCAGGUCCCCCCAGCCCCCCCGACCCCCGCCCCCAACCCAGAUCCACCAGACAAAGGAAGUAAGAGUAGUCACGACAGAGGGAAAAAUGGCAAGCGCCGGUGAGAAGCUGGGAAUGGCAGGGCCAGGGGGACCAUCUCCCUUCUCUGGGGCUGGGUGAGGCCCGGGUCUCUUUGCUUUCCUGGUGGCGGCCUGUUUGAAAGCGAACGCUUAGUUGGUAUGCGGGUCCCUUGUCUCACUGCGGAAGCCCAAGCAAUUCUCUCACACUGUUUAGAGUAGCCAGGUGCCCCCUGUCUCUCCCCACCCUGGCCACCACCACAGCCACGGCCUUACCAUCGCCACGCUGUAGCCUGGAGCUGGUCUUCUCCUGUUGAGGGCAGAAGAGGCGAGUGUCUGUCCUUCUUUGCUGCCCGGAUCCAGGAGAUCAUUGUUUGACUCACCCUGACCACUCACCCUGAGUGGGCGCGGUGAUGACUGGGGACCCUUGUUCCCAGCCAGCCAGGAGGGAGGUGACACUUAGAAAUGGGUGCCAUGCACAGAGCUGGUGGGUCACAGAAGGGCUGGCCCGCCCACUCCCUCGCCAAAGCUGCACCCAAAAGUCUUUAGAGAUUGUAACAAAUUCUGCAAAUCAUGCCCUAGACACCUUGGCAGGCAAGAAAGGAAGCAUCGCGUCCGUGAGAAUAUACAGGAUAUUUGCGGGAGCAGAGGAUAAAAAGUCGUUUCCAUUCAUUCCUCAUUUGCAGUUUCUCGAAGUAACCCGGAUCACAGAGGUUCAAGACCUCUGCGUUAUCCUGCUGGAGAUUUCUGCUUAGACUUCCUGUCACUCCUCCCAUCCUAUGCUUAAUAAAAGAACAUGCUUGAAUAUUA